GUAGUCGCUCUUUUAUGUGGUUCGACAUCAUUUCGUCUAACGUCGUCGCUGCCGCCGCCGCCAUCACCAUUAUCAGUAACAACAGCAGCAGCACAAGUCCACCGAGUAUGACGGCGACAUCUGUUCUUUGAGGUGUUUUUUUGGGCAUCAUGACACAACCUUAUUUCGUUUCAACAACAACAACAGCACCACCAACUACAACUACUACACCAUCGACUGCAUCCAACAUCACUUGUGUAGCACCUGCUCCAACACCAACAUCAUCAUCAUCAUCUUCAUCGUCAUCACCACCAGGCUCUUUAUCUUCUUCCACCGUCACCGCAUCUUCGUCUCCUUCUGUAUUGUCUCUAACCCAUCCAUUACAAUCGCCAUCGUCGUUCUCAUCUUCAUUGUUAACCUCAACCGCUGCCGCUACAACAAAAACGUUAACUAAUUCUAGUUCUUCUAGUAGUGGCGGUGGUGGUGGUAGUAAUAACAACAGCAGCAAUACCACCACAACAACAUUAACUACUACUACUUGUAAUAAUAAUAAUAAUAAUAAUAGUACAACUACGCACGGAGCAUCGCGCACCAAUAUCGAGAAUAACCGACAACAACAGCAACAACAGCAUCACUAUCUCUAUAACCAAUAUCCUCCGCAGUUUUACCAUCAUCAUCAUCAUCAUCAGUACCAGCACAAACGUUACCGUUAUCGCUACCAACAGUACAACAACAACAACUUCAACAGCUACUACAGCAAAUUCUACGGCAAACCGUUUGGCGUUAGAAGAAGAAUGGAGAACACGUAUGGAUGUUCGGUUGGUGCCGUCGCCUCUGUGACUGCUUCUGGCGUCACGGCGGAGGUGGCCAGCGCUGAGACAGACAAUAAUUGUUCUGGUCUUAUCACCGAGGCCGGUGUGGAUAUUGCUGGCCACUACAGCGGAGCGGCUUUGUCCACCUAUGAAAGGACAGGCAAGUCACUGCAUUAUAAUCCGAAAAUGGCCAUUGCAAGAGAAUUUGUAUUUUGUACGCUAGGAACAUUCUGCUCUCAGCGUGAUAUUGGUUCACCUCCCGCCUGCCUUGAUGCUCUUGGUGGCUCUGGUUUGGCUGGUAUUCAGUGGAAGAAGUUCUUGGGCAAGAAGGCCCAUGUGACUAUCACAGAGCGAAACAACCUCGACUUAUUAGAGGCAAACUGCUACCGUAACAGCAUGUUACCGAAGGAACUGCCAAUAGACUACAGUCGAGCGCCUGGUCUCCCUCUUCCGCAUCAACUUAUUGACGAAAUAUUUGUGCAGCAAAUCUCUGCGAAUGUUAUUAUGCAUCUGGAGGCAUUUGAUUUCAUAUUUAUUGAUGCACACGGGAGUUGCGUGUCUUACCUGGAUGCUGCAUUCACCAAUAUUCGGAACAACGGCCUGCUGUGUAUUGUGUCUUCAGAUUUGUCAGCCUUAUUUGCCAAAACAAGACAUGUGGCAAUGAGGAAUUAUGGUGCCAAUGUCAUAAAGAAUGACUACAUGAAAGAAGCCGCUGUCAGGGUGGUAAUCGGUGCCGCAGCCAAAUCCGCAGCAAAAUGCAGCAAAGGUAUCCAGGUGAUGUUUGGCGUGUGCAUCGAGCCAUUUGUGUUGGUUGUAAUUAAAGUGCAGCGUGGCCCCUAUUACGCAGACAUGUGCUCUCUGAAAGUCCGUCCUCUAAUACACUGUCAGAUCUGUGAAGAGAGAGCUUUUUGUCCUGAAAUGAGGGCAAGUGUUGCAAACCUCUAUGAUCUUCUUCCGUGUGAUUGUCAAUCAGAAAAUCCUGGUAAAACGGCAUUAAAACUUGGUCCCAUGUGGUGUGAUAACAUAUUCAAUGCCAAGUUUAUAGAACAGAUGAUAUCAGUUGCUAGAGAUAUGAAACUCAGUGAGCGCCUUGAGGCCCAACUUUGUUCAAUUUUUAAUGAAUGCAUUUGCAGUUCAAGCCCUGUAGAUUCCAGUUCGUCUUCAAAGAAUUGCCAGUCUUCGUUCACCUCGUCGUCUUCACCAUCACCGUCACAUUCUGUCUUGUUGUCCUACCCUUCACUGUCCGCUCAGCAGCACAACGAGAGGUCAGCCCUGAAUAGUUUGAAACGCAAGACUUCGUCAUCGGCACCUGCGGCCUCUUUGCUGUCCUCGUCAAGCACCUCACUCUCUAGGACUGUGUCCGGCAACCCCAUUGAUAACAACAUAGAUACCAACAGCAACAACAACAACAAGAAUAAUAAUAAUAAUAAUAAUAAUGAAAAUGAUAAAAAUACUACCACAACUACUACUGCUGCUACUGCUGCUGCUUCAGUUGAUGUGGGCCCAGCAACAUCUGAGAAUUCAGCAAUGGGAAAUGGUGAUGGUGCUGUUGUCGAUGCCAAUGCAAGUGAAGUGACGGCCAACAUGAAGGGUGCUGUGUCUGUUACUGUCGUGUCAACGUCUUCAGAUCCCCACGGCAACUUGAAAAUGGACUUCACUGUAGACAGGAGUGCAAGAAAUAGUCAGAAUCUCACCAAUGAACCCCCUAUAAAGAGGAUUUGCCUUCCUGAUCCUGACCCUAGCCCUGUACUGGCAAUGCCACCCUUUUUCUAUAACAUUCACAAACGCAAGUUUAAAGGUGUUUUCCUCCCCAAAUUGUCCAAGAUGGUUUAUCUGCUCCAAAGUGAGGGCUUCCGAGCUAGUCGCACUCUAUUUGACACCUAUGGCAUCCGAACUAAUGCCAACCAGAAAGAAAUCUACAGGACUUUGUUGAAGUAUUGUAAACAAGAGCCUUAAUAAUAACAACAACAACAAUAACAACAACAACAAAAACAACAACAAUAAUAAUAAUAAUGAAAAUGUUGAUGAUGAUGAUGGGGAUGAUAAUGAUUUCUAAUAAAGAUGAUGACAAUAAUAAUAACAAUAAUAU